AUGAUGGGCUCGGUGCUGCCCGCCGAGGCUCUGGUCCUCAAGCCUGGCCUGAAGCCGCAGGGGCUCUCGCUGGCCGAGGUGAUCACCUCCGACAUCCUGCACAGCUUCCUCUACGGCCGCUGGAGAAACGUCCUGGGCGAGCAGCUCUUCGAGGAGAAGAGCAGCCCCAAGACCGCCUUCACGGCCGAAGUCCUGGCUCAGUCCUUCUCCGGAGAGGUGCAGAAGCUCUCCAGCCUGGUGCUGCCGUCGGAAGUGAUAAUCGCCCAGAGCUCCAUCCCCGGGGAAGGGCUCGGCAUCUUCUCCAAGACCUGGAUCAAGGCUGGCACCGAGAUGGGGCCGUUCACGGGCAGGGUCAUCUCCCCCGAACACGUGGACCUGUGCAAGAACAACAACCUCAUGUGGGAGGUCUUUAACGAGGACGGCACAGUGCGGUACUUCAUCGACGCCAGCCAGGAGGAUCACCGCAGCUGGAUGACCUACAUCAAAUGUGCUCGGAACGAGCAGGAGCAGAACCUCGAGGUGGUCCAGAUCGGGAACAGCAUCUUCUACAAGGCCAUUGAGAUGAUUCCUCCAGACCAAGAGCUGCUGGUCUGGUAUGGGAACUCACACAACACCUUCUUGGGCAUCCCAGGUGUGCCAGGGCUGGAAGAGGAGCAGAAGAAGAACAAACAUGAGGAUUUCCACGCGGUGGAGACGGGGGCCAGCACGACGGGCCGCAUGCGCUGCGUCAUCUGCCACCGCGGCUUCAACUCCCGCAGCAACCUGCGCUCCCACAUGCGCAUCCACACGCUGGACAAGCCCUUUGUGUGCCGCUUCUGCAACCGCCGCUUCAGCCAGUCCUCCACGCUCCGCAACCACGUCCGCCUGCACACGGGCGAGCGGCCCUACAAGUGCCAGGUUUGCCAAAGUGCCUAUUCCCAGCUGGCAGGGCUGCGGGCGCACCAGAAAAGCGCUCGCCACCGGCCCCCCAACGCCUCCCUGCAGGCGCACUCGCCCGCCCUGCCCGUGCCCCACCCCGCGCACUCGCCCGCCCUGCCCGUGCCCCACCCCGCCUCGCUGGCCCAUCACAUCCCCACCAUGGUGCUGUGAAGUCCCGGGGCUGCAGCGGGACUUGGGACGGCAAAGACUGGUGCUGAGACAUGCAAUGAACUGGGGGGGGUGGCCCUUGGCUGAGCCGCUUUGUGUCUCGGAGGAGCGUUGGCUUGUUUUUGGGCGUUGCUGGUUGUGGGGGUUCACAGGAGGGGAGCCCCCAGCUCUGCAGCUGAGUUGUGCGGGGUCAUCCCCAAAGAGGUGUGGCACAGGGUGGGCUGGUGGCCUCUGGGGUUGGCAGGGGAGAAGGGAUGCAGUGGGAUGUCCUGUGUGGGCUUGCCAGUGCACUGGGGGAGGACUGGAUGGGGGCAAAAAGCUGGGCCUGGAUGAGCCAUGCCUGGGUUUUACAGAUUAUUUGGUAGAAAGAAGAAUUCCUUUGAUCCAUCCUCCUCUGCUCUAGCAGACACGUGCCCCAUUGAAAGGCUGGCACACCCCAGUCAUGUCUGUUUGCCCCAGGAGUGGCUCCUUCCAAGGGACACCCUUCCCUCCUUGGGAGCCUCAAGUCAGUGAACGUUUGCAUUUUCCCACACCCGAGCCCCCUCUGCCUGCCCUGCCCCAGCCCUGCACUGGGGUUUGUCACCGCUCCAAGCGAUGCUGUGGGCACAGGGGACAGGCCAGGUGCCACGGGGACACCGUGCCAACUGGGAGUGCCCAUCCACACGCAGGUUUUGAGCUCUGCCGGGCUGUGCCUGUUCCAGCCCUGGCAGCUCUUCUCCCCAUCCCUUUCCUGUAAAGGAACAUUUUGGUUGGAAUUGCUACUGCCCUCUGGGGACAGAGAAAACCUGUCCCCGGACCAGCUCUGUCCCCAAGGACAACUCUAAGCGCCCUCUGGAGUCCCCACACU